AUUUGUGUCAUUUAUUGUAAACAAAAUAUUUAGGUUUUUUUUUAAAAUAGAAUAAAUAGUGCUAUAGUACUGAUAGAUAAUAAAGUCAAUAUAAAUGUACAUGUGCAAUAAUCAGUUUUAUAAUUAGUGUAGUGAUAGUGAUAAUGUCAUCCGCCGUGAACCAGGAGGUGUAUAAGAAGUUUAAAAAUGCUAGAAAAUUGUUAAGUACUGAUAGUACUGAUUCUACUGUUCAGGUCGAUGUUAGAGAAGAUGAAGAACAACUCAUUAAACUACAGGAGAUUAUUGACAUUUUUGUAGCUGCUGGAUACUUUAGGGCCAGAAUUAAAGGCCUUUCUGCAUUCGAUAAGGUUGUUGGCGGAAUGGUAUGGUGUAUAGAAUCGUGCAAUGUUGAAUUAGACGUUGAUCUGCUGUUUAGAGAAAACUUAAGCAUUGGUCAAAAAAUAGCUUUAACAGAAAAAAUCGUUGCAGUUUUACCAAAAAUUAAAUGUCCACGUAACAUAGAACCACAUCAAAUCCAAGGCUUGGACUUUAUUCACAUCUUUCCUGUAAUACAGUGGUUAGUGAAAAGAUCUUUGGAAUGCCGAGAAGAAGUCGCUGCAUUUGUAAGAGCUUGUGCUAUCGAGCAGUUCAACAAAAAGUUUCACAGUCCAGACCAAAAUCAGGAAAAUGUAAAUUUACUGAAAAAUAUGAAGUUACUGUCCGAAGUUUAUAGGCCUCGGCGGUAUUAUAAGAAGAAAAGUUCAGCCCCAACUUCAACUUUAUCCCAAAUACAGUCGACUCUGUUGGAAUAUGGACAUAGUGAUGGUGGGAUAGGAGAUUAUUCGAUGUUUACUGCUAAAGAUAAAGAAGGAAGUGAUGAUCAGGAAUUUGUAGACUUGGAUGAUGAACAUAAGGAGCAGCUUAUGAAACAUUACACGUCUCUGCAGUUUGAACUAACAUCGGGCGCAGGCGUCCAGUCCAGGGACCAGCUGCUGAUUGCUUCUCUGGAAGAGAAAAAGCAAUUGUUUACCGAAAAAUGCAAAGAGUUUAAGAUAAAUAAAGCAUCUUUAGAUAGUGACAUUAAAAGCAAAGCCAAAGUUUUACAAGAAUUAGAAAGUAAACAAAAAGAAGCUGAAGUAGCUUUAAAAGAACUAUCUCAAGAAGAAUUGGAAAGUUCAAAAGUGAAAGAAAUAGAAGAGCUCAUUAUGCUGAACGACGAUUUGAAAACACAAGAGACUCAAUUCAAGGAGCAGUGCAAGAAAGAACUGUCAAAUUUAAACAAUCAAAUACAAAACGUCAAAAAUGCCAAAGUUAACAUUCCAGUAGAAAACCCUUCAGUGGUAAUGUCAGAAUUGAAUGAGUUGUCCGAAAAAAAUGCUUCCAUGAGGAUGAAGUUAGCCAAAGUGAAUAGAGAUGUGGCUAUAUUGCAUCGACAAAUUGAUGAUAUUCCGAAGAGAGCCGAAUUGGCACAGUAUCAAAAGAGAUUUGUGGAAUUAUACAAUCAAGUUGCCGUCAAACACAAGGAAACCAAGCAGUAUUACACUCUAUACAACACGUUACUCGACACCAGAGUGUACAUGGAAAAAGAACUAUCCCUACUCAACUCCAUUUCCGACAGUUAUCCCGAAGCCAUGAAAUCGUCCAAAGGCAAAGACGAAUUCCUGGAGCAGUUCCAAAACAUCGUCGAAAAUGUCUGCCAAUCCAAACUGAAAGCGGAACAGAAAUUGAACAGAGAGAAACAGACUCGUGAUCAGCUCAGUACUGCCUUGCACGUGUUGGUCGAACAUCAACGCAGGUAUGCUACUGCUAUUAAACAGUUGGGAUUGGAGUAUAGGAAGCAUGAAAUGCUUAUUAAGUCGAAGGAAUAGUUCUUGUAUGGACGAUUUUGGAAUAUAAGCUUCGAAUGUGGCAGUAGGAAUUGCUUUUGCCGCUUAAGUAGGGAUAUGGGGAUAAUGUAUAUGAGCAAGGUUUACUGUAUCCCUUUUCUUAUUAUUUAACCAGAAUUUAAAAAAUUAUAUCAGCUAGAAUGCAAUAUACUCAAUAAAGUUAUUUUUAUAUACUCA